AUGGAAUUAUUCAAAUAGCCAUAAUCCUCUGUUAAUUCCCAAUACAAGCAAUAGCCAUCAUCUUAGAUUUCGCAUUCAAAUUUCUAGAAGUCAACUAGAGGAGUUGGAUCAAUAGAUUCAAGUUCCAAUUUAAAUUUCCAGUUUCAUCUCCAAUCUCAAUAGAGUAAGGCUCAACUAGAUCCUAACAAGAUGUCAUAUCAGAACCUACCCUAAACUAAGUCUCAGAUUCCUCAGUUAAACCAUCUUUUGAAUCCAGCAAGCCCACCUAUAAGUUAGCGAGCUAGCUUGUUUAAUAACUCAUAUUUGAACUCAAAUCCAACUUAAAGACAUGCUAAUUUUCAAGGAAGUUUUGCUUAGAAUAAACAGAAUGAUUCUGCUUUGGGAAUGAUUGCUGUUGAAUAAGAUAGAUUUAACAACUUAGUUCAUCUGUCUAGUGGCUUCCCGAUUGCUGAUAUUGAGUAUAAUGGAGAAAUCUUAUAGAGAAUUCCAGCUCAAAUCAUCAGAUUAAGAUCAAAGUAAAUCGAUAGCUACUUCAAAUCAAACCCUAUUUAUCUGAAUAAUUACUCGCACAAAGCUACAAUUCAAGAUGCGCAAAUGAUUACUGAUAAUUAUAGAAAUUCUUAUUAAUAAUCUGCUUCUAAAAAAUCUUUCGCAAUCACUGGAGGCCUAUAAGUAUUAAUGAGUGACGAGCCCAAGACCUUGAAUUCUAUUUAGAGGCAAAUUAACACAUAUAAUGGCUAAGCUAAAAAGGUGACGCCAAGUAUGACUAAAGAAUAAAUAGAAAUGAUUCUUAUUCAGAACAGACUAUAAAAGAACUCUUCGUAGCUAAAGCGAAAUUCAGUAAAUAUUGAGUCAAAGAGUAAAUUUUAUCAAAACCUUUUUCACAAAAAGUAAAAUUUAACAGCUAGACAAGAAUAAAAGGUUUGCUAUGACGAGAUAUAGAGUAUAACUGAAUCAAUUCAAACAAGUUUGAAUGGAGAUGAUGACGAGGAAUAUCAUGACAUAACAAGUGGAGGUGGGGAAAUAAAUACUCCUCACAUUUAAUUGGAAGAUAAUCAAGAUCAAGAUGAUCUUUCUUACUACGAAAGAUAUAUAGGCGACAAUACCAGUCCAAUCCCAACUAGGCCUGCUUAAGAUAAUAGUGUUAGCUAUUCACAAAUAGAUGACAGAGAAAACAUGACUAGAUUAAAAAAUGAUAUAAGCUCAGUUCUUAAAUCUUCAGAUUUGAUGAAUUCUUAAAACUAAAUAUAGUAGCUGCCACCCCCACCAUAUAAAUAAUCUAAAACUAUAAAUAUGACAAAAGGAUCAGAUGCUUCUCUAACUCCUCACUAUUUUUAUAUUGAUCUAAAUAAGGACGGAAAAGAAGAUGAUAAUGAAUUAAAUGAAAAGCUCAAGUCUUAUUUCUAGAUGAAAUUUCAAUAAAAAAAGCAAGAAGAGUUAGCUAUGAUAUCAAGAUCUCUUAUUAGAAAUGAAGAAUUAUCCCCACCCCAAAAUAAUCCAUUAAAUAGGGUUUAAUAGUCCUCAGGAUUCUUUGGCUCUGGCCUUAUGUCAGCCGAAUUAUCUCCUAAAAGUGGAAAUGAACUUAUGCACUAAAAGAAUAAACACAGUGAUAGAUUAAACUCUUAAAAAAUUCCAGUGUCUAAUUUAUAAGAUGUAAGUCCUGAUUUAGGUCGUACAAAUAGAAAGGAUUUUUAAUUGUCUUAGCUAUAGAAUAACUUGCUCUCACCUUUAGCAGAUAGUAAGAAUAACAAAAGUAAAGAUAUGAAUACUUAAGCUAGUGAUCAUUUGUAAAGUACCCAAGUCUAGAAAAUAGAUAAAAAGAAAAAGCAAGCAGCUCACACUAUGAUGAAGGAGCCUAUUAAAUCUCCAAACUAAGAAAUUAUACCAGCUGUUAAAAAGGAGUCUAAUAAAUAAAUUUUAAAUUUCAAUAGCAGUGUCUAAUCUAGUAAGCCAUUGAAUAAACCUCAGGAAUAUAUAUAAGAUUUUAAAUAAGUAAAACAUCAGAAGAAUGUAGAAAUAUACAACAGCCUAGACAAUGAAAAAAAUAAAUCAGUCUCAUCUAGUUACUAUGAAAAUAAGCUAUAAAAAAAUCAAAAGAAAUUGACUAUUGAGGAUCUAGAGAAUGAAGAUGAAAGUUCUAAUCAAGAUUUUGGAAGUCAGGGAUAAACUCCCAAGACUAUGUACCAUCAUCAUACUAAGAUGACAAGAAAUAAUCUUAAAUCUACAAACUAACUAGGCUUUCACAAAUCCCUAGAUCAAAGUAAGCAAGCGUAAUAAUAACAUGCAUUAUCAUAAAAAGUAUCUCCUACAAGACCUAAUUAAGCCCUUUAUGAUGAAAUCUAUAAAACUUUAUUGGAUAAUGAGUAGAAAGAAAAGUCUUUGACUAAUAAAAUAAAAGAUUUCUUUAUAACUCCUCUUAAAAUUUACAACAUAAAUCUCUUUGGAGGAAAUGAUCGAGAUAGAAACAAUAAACUUGGCUAGAAUUUGUCAUUGCCAAGGCCAUCAUAAAAUAAUCAGCAUCAUCCUGUUUCAACUUAGAAUAAUCAAUGGAGGCUAUCUGCUUAAAGUUAAAAUGUGAGCGUCAAGUCAGCACCAUAAAAGUCUCAAACUGAGGAAAGAGUUGUGUUUUAGAAACUAUGCUUUUUGAAGUUGGAAUCAGAUAUUAGACAGUUUGUUGAAAUCCAAAUAGCGCUAACAUAGAAUUUCAUUUUGGUAUAUCAGGUUUCUGAUAAAAAUAUCAAGUUGGCUAAUAGGCCAUUAUUUGAGAUUCAAAGGCAAAAUGUUUAAAAAGAUGUAUUGAAAUACAACUAAGAAGCUUAUGAGGGAAAUUAAACCACAAAGCAAAAUAAGCGGUUCAUCUGUAAAGCCUUUUAAGCUCUAAAUAAUAACAUAAUCAAGCUAAAAUUCAAUGAGAAGAUCGAUGUGAAAUCCAACCAUCUAAAAAUAACGAAUUAAAUUAGUACCUUACAAGAUUAAUGUAUAUCUAACUUCCUAAUCAAAAGCCAGUAAGACGAGAAGAUAUUCUAAAAGUUGAAUUAAAUGUUCAAAAAAACAAAGUUUGUUGAAGAGAUUACGUUCGCUUUCAACUAGAAAAGUGAAAGAGAUUAAUUCUUCAAGCUAAUUUAAUACAUAUGA